GUGCCAGGCCGAGCAUUUGGCCUCGUUCAAUUUGCCAGGAGCCUGACAGUGAGGGUCAUCUUCAUGAUCAGAGAAACCUGAACAGUUGAGCAUGGCGUGGAUUCAACGAGUAGCUCUCCUGCUGCAGAGAUGCUCGACAGUGCCCUCCCUCACCAGGGCAGGCUUGGGAAGCAACCUUAUCGCACCUGCAGCCGGUAGACCAUCCUUAUUCUACAAUUCUUUUGCGGCAUUUGCAAGGGGAGCACCGUCCUGCAGAACAUAUGGCGUCGCUGCAAGGCUGGAUGAUGAGGACGCCAUCCCAAUACCUGAUUUUACUCCCGCCAGAAAGAAUGCUGGGGCAGCGACACCGAGCUCGGAGGCGUUCGAAGCAACGCGGGCGGAGGUUGUAUCGACCCUGAGCUCUAAAGACCUGCCCCGAAAGAGAAUAGUCAUGGAUCUCAUCGAAAGUGCCUCCAGCACGGAGCACAUCGAUGAGAUGUUUGAGCUGCUGAAGAAGCUGAAAAUCGAGAGAGCGGUGCUGCGGCAGCAGAUGAGCCCUCUGAACCCGCACAUGUCAGUCCAAGUUGCGUUGGCGUGUGCUCGGGCCGGCGUACUGGAGAAAGGCCUCGUGACGGUGCAGCACCGAAACUCAUACGGGCUCAGACCGUCUCUGGACGCCGCACAUGUUCUCAUUGACAAGGCGGGCGAGCGGAACAACAUCGAUCUGGUGGUGAAGGUCUUCCGGACACUGCUGGAGAACGGGCUCAACCCCAAGUCCACGACGGCGGAUCUCGUCAUGAGAGCAAUCACGCGCGGGGGGCCGAAGCACGCGCCGGAGUUCUUCCGCUUCGCUGAGGAGUUCUUUCUCAACGGAAUCAAACUGUGGGCCGGUUGGUACGAGAAGCUCAUGUCCCGGGCAACGGCCACUGGCGAUUACAAGCUCUUCGAGAAGUGGGCGCGCCGGCGGGAAGCCGGGGGCAUGCCGGUGUCGAAGCGCGUCAGCUUUGUUAUGGCCAAGGGCUACGUCCUGCUAGGAGACGCCAAGAGAGCUGCGGACGUCCUGGCUCGAGGUCGCGGGCACGUCGAAACCGGGGCGGACUGGACCGACGGUAACUGGGACACCCACUGUAGGGACAUGGUGACUAAAUGGCCCACGUGGCUGCACCAGAAACGGGGUACGAAGGUCGACUUCGACAAGUUGAAGACCACAUUGACGGAGGUGCAAGCGCUUUUGAAGGAGCAAGGUGUCAGGUUUGAGGUCGACGUGGCAAAAGAGUUUAAGGUGCCAAGAGGCAAGACGGCUGAGGUAUGGAAUGCAAGUGAAGGGUUGGAGGCGGAAUCACCAACGGAAGAAUUUCACCAAACAACUGUCGAAUCAGUGGGUUCGGAGGGGAAGCAUGAUGGGGAGCCCACUGAUGACAUUGCGAACGCCAGUGGGGCGUCAGCAAGUUCGGAAGACCCUGUGGGUGACGGGAUCAAGAAGGAAUAGUUGACCGCGAUAGCCAACUUCGGAAGUCUGACACGCAGUGUGUUUUAAGAACGUUUGUUGUAAUUGGGGAGCCUCGUGCAAGCAGUCCUGUCCAUGGAAGCCGCAUAAAAAUUGUUAUGC